GUACCUGUUCAUCAGUCUUAUAACGAAUGGGAUUGCACUGCUUUGUUCCAAGCCACUCUCUACUCGAGGGCCUUCGCCUUACAUCACGGAACGCUAAAUGAUUUGUAUAUCAAGCCACGUGGACUGUCACAUGGACAUUUUCACGUAUCAGUGGUGAGCAAGGCUGGAGACAACGCAGAAACCUGCGCACUAGCGAUCGAUCAGCUUCGUAUUUUGAGAAAUUCCCUCUGUCACUCCACCAGUUCUAAGAUGGAAAAAGUGUUAUUCGACAAAUGCGUCCAACACGCCAAAGAUGCUUUCCUCGCCCUUGGAGUUUCAACAUCUCCAAUUGACGUAGUUGGUAGUUUAACAGAAUUAGACUUUCCGACAAUUGAAGUUCGUAGACUUGAGCAAAUGAUUAAAGAAGCAAAUUCGGCGCACAUGAAACUUUUUGAAAGCAUAACGCGAGAUACUGCAGACAAAGAUGAAGUUAAAAUGUUGGCGGAAAAAAUGGAAGAGCUUAAGACUUUGCAAGACGAGGGUGCUAUUCCAUCAAUGCCAGGUAGGGUAAUUCAUAGUGAACUCCAAAAAAAUCCAAGAAUGAUUGAAGCCUAGUUCAGCUCUUGAAAUUUACUGAGAGUAGGAUAACUGUCAGCUUUAAAAACUAAGCCUGCCUCCUUGUUUAAACCAACCAAUUUCUGUACUAUGCUUUGACAGAUAUCUUAAGUGGAUGUGCGCGCACUCAUGAUAGCUUAUUCAAUGGCAGUAGAAGCUUCAACCUUAAAUCGGUCGCUUAAUCAUUUUUUUGAGGCGAAUGUAGUUCCUUGAACCGAGAUAAGAUAAAGUAAAGAGAAAAUGCAGGCUACCAGAGUUCCAAGAGUAUACCAAGCUGUAUGCCCACAAUUUCUUGUUUAAAAACGUCUGUAGUGGCGAGUAGGGAGGACAGACGGCUGUAUCUGGAAGCUGCCACUUAACGAACCAAGGUACCAGGGGUCAGGACGUCGGACUCGCAAUCAGGCGGUCCCAGGUUCGAGUCCAGUCCCGGCCACUUGUUGUAUUUGUUCUCGGUCGUCCCGAGUUCAGCCCCUCGGACACGCUUCUAAAUAACAAACUGGUUGCCUCCUGCCAGUUGGGGUUUUUAAUUCUUUUAUGUUCUAUUUGAAUUAUUUGUUUCUAAGUAUUUGAGUGGAGUGCUUGUGAACUAGCUGGAUAAACUAAUUGCACUUUCCACUACAAACAAACCUAACCACUUGAUUUUGUUCUAAAUGUAAUCUCAGUGUAAUCUCUGUAUCCACAGCUCGUCUUCGACUGCUGAUUGAUUGUGAAGAAUUGAUAGGACUUUCUCCACAGGAGGGGCUUUCAAGGGUAAUCGUUACCCAGCGGGCAGACCAAGCAAUGCUCCAAGGAUCCGCAGUUGUAUCGACCACUUCUGCUAGCCCAGGGACUGCGGCCGAGGUAUUCCAAAAGAGGGAAAACACAGAGGCAGAAGAACCAAAGGAACCAAAGGAAGCCGCCCAAGGGGAGGCAGUGGUUAUAAAUGGCUUGAGGCAAGAAAAGAUUGGAAAUGGAGCUGUUCCCUCCCCACAAGAAAUUCUGAGUUCUAUCGCGUCAAAGUGCCUACUUAACCCUUCAACAUCGGAGGAGUUUAAUGGUUUUCUUCAUUAUAUGGAAAAGGUGCGUAAAGUUAUUAUUGUGGAUGUUAAGACUGGAAGUUUAAUGGUCAUGGUGGAAUGUAGCUCUCUCCAGGUCCUGGACGAACUCUGGGAAGAUUAUAUCACGGGUCAUCUUAGUGAAAUGGUACAGAAAUGCCUUGUGACCCAGGAAAUUCUAGAGGAGUUUGCCCUAGCUGAAGUAAAAAUCACAACAACUAUUAACGAAGAGGAGUACAAAGCAUGCCGCGAGCUAUUGUUGAAUCUUCCAAGUAGGUGUAAAGAUUAUCACACCGUAACUACCUAAUAUUAUCUGUAAACUCUCUCUUAUUUACAUUUGAAAACUGACUGCAUGACUUCGUGAAAACGUUGAAGGGCCUAUUAAGUAAAACAUUAUUAAGGUAAGCUACUUUCAAAGUUCUUCACAAGAGGAGGAAUGAUUAGAAAACUCGACGAAAACAUAGACUGAGUUGUUUGUGCCCGUCUUCGUUAUGAUUUCGACUGCUUCAAAUUCCCAACUCUGAGCACGUUAACAAGUCAAAUGACGGGGUAUUGAGGGGUGCGAGGAAAUUUUAAUGCACCUAUUUGAUAGAUACAUAAUACGCUAUGUCAGCAAAGAAGGUUUACUGCCAGGGACUCGGGCACUGUAGGAGUCCCCCCUCCCCCCCAGGGAUCCUAGAACUGCUGUUACCAUAUCAUGUCAACCGGGAUUUUAUGACCCUAUUUUAGGUAGAGUAGGUACCAAAAUUCCCUGUCCCUUUUCAGACCAUCGCGUGGAUGGACGAAAGCGAUUCCGCUAUGUUUGGACCACAAAAAUAUUUUUUGAGUAAGGGAAAGUACAGAUUUUAAAAAGCAGGGUACGUGUCAUCGGAGACUUAACAGACAGGUUGUUUGCUGAUUUGCAUGGUUAUUCCUUGUUGAAACAAAAGUCACUGUCGCGAGUUGUGUUUGCUUUUAGGAAUGCCCACCUACUCCUCCCCUGAGCCAACACGGUUCAAGGCGUCCGGAUAUUGGGGGCGGCGAAAAAAAGAAAAACAAACAAAACAAAAAUGAAGAGAAAGUAAUAUCGAGGGGUGUUCAUCUCUUCCCCUUUUUGUCCUCCGCGCUCCAUUUCGCGCCCCUCUCUACUAUUCGAAAGACUAGAGUAGGUUACUAUGAACAAGAAACUACAAUGUUUAUACCACUGACCAUUUCGAUUCCCAAAAAUGAUACGAAAUACUAAACCAAAUUCCUAUUAUUUCUUCACCCUAUUCCGGACUAAGCUGCUGUUGACGGCGGGAUUUUAAUAUAGAUUCUUCCCUUUUAUUUUAUCUUUGAAGACAUGAAAGCAUCGCAGCCAAGAAUGGAAAUAGAGGCUGCAAACACCGAUGACAUGUACUACACACUUGGAGUGACACAGCAUAAAAAACGUGAUUUCAAAGCAGCUCUCCAGUUUAAACAGCGUGCGCUGUCCAUACGAAUUAAAUUGUUUGGAGAAGAACACGAGAAAACUGCUGACAUUUACUUCUCACUCGGGUUAACAGAACAUAAACUAGCUGACUUUACAGCAGCUCUUCUGCAUAAAAAACAAGCUCUAUCCAUACGAAUAAAACUGUUUGGAGAAGAAAACAAAACUGUUGCCGACAAUUACCAUUCACUCGGGACGACACAGCACAGACUAGGUGACUCAGUAUCAGCAGUUCAGUCUCACCAGCGCGCAUUGGCCAUCCGUAUUAAACUGUUUGGAGAAGGACACAAAAGCACUGCUGAUAGUUUUAACUUACUUGGGAAAACACAGUAUGAAUUAGGAGAUUUCAGGUCAGCCCUUCAGUCUCACCAGCGUGGGCUGGCCAUCCGUAUUAAACUGUUUGGAGAGAAACACAAAAAAACUUUCGAAAGCUACCACUCACUGGGGAUAACACAGCAUCAAUUAGGUGAUUUCAAGACAGCGCUCCAGUCUUACCAGAGCGCCCUGGCCAUCUGUUUUAGACUUUUUGGAGAAGAACACGAAACCAUUGCUGACAGUUACUACUUAAUUGGUAUAACACAGCAAAAAAUGGGUGACCUCCAAUCAGCCCUUCAGUCUCACGAACAAGCGCUGGCCUUCCGUGUUAAACUGCUUGGAGAAGAGCAUGAAAGCACUGCUGACAGUUACCACGCACUAGGGAUAACACAGCAUCAACUAGGUUACUUCAAAUCAGCUCUUCAUUCUCACCAACGUGCGCUGGCAAUCCGAAGUAAGGUGUUUGUAGAAGACAACAGAAGCACUGGUGAUAGCUACUAUUCACUUGGAAUAACAGAAUAUCAUCUCGGUGACUACGAAUCAGCUGUUCGGUUCUACGAGCUUGCUCUGGCCAUCUAUAGUCAACUGUUUGGCGAAGAACACGAAAUCAUCGCUCACAAUUACCACUCAAUGGGGGUAACACAACAUCAACUAGGUUACUUCAGAUCAGCCAUUUAUUCCCACCAGCGUGCGCUGGCCAUCCGCAAGAAAUUGUUUGGAUUAAAACACGAAAGAACUAGAGAAAGCUACCACUCACUAUGGGCAACACAGUACAAACUCGGUACCAUUAAGCCAUCAGCCUUUACGUUUAANACAAUUACCACUCAAUGGGGGUAA